AGAACGGUGGUCCGAGACUGACCCUCAAACGUUGUCAUUCCCCGCCGCUUGCGCCAAUCCCUUUUUUAUUAAAGGGCGCCACCAGGUUUUUGACUUUUGCUUUCACCCCGAGUCCAAUGGUUUUGGUAGUGACUGUCCGUUUGCCCCAGUCAUCGCCGGGACACCAGCGGGCUGCACCCCUGCACGGGAUAACCAGCCCCGGGCAUUGCGCAGGCGCACUGGCUGUGUCAGCGCUUCCUGGGUGACACGCUGAGACUUUUUCGGCGUCGUUAGGGACGGCGGCCGGGAGGGCGGCGGCCGGGCGUCCUCUUUCUCCCUCCCGGCGGCAUCAUGCGCUACAACGAGAAGGAGCUGCAGGCGCUCUCCCGGCAGCCGGCUGAUAUGGCAGCCGAGCUGGGCAUGCGGGUCCCCAAGAAGGGCAGCGUGGUGAAGCGGCGGCUGAUAAAGCUGGUGGCCAAUUUCCUCUUCUACUUCCGGACGCACGAGGCCGAGCCCAUCGGAGCCUUGUUACUGGAGCAUUGCCGAGUCACCCGGGAAGAACCCAGCGCCUUCUCCAUCAGCUUCCUCGAGGACAUGGAGAGGAAGUACCGAUUCGAGUGCUGCAGCGAGGAGCAGUGUCAGGAGUGGAUCACAGCCCUGAGCAGGGCCAGCUAUGAGUUUAUGAGGCGGAGCCUGGUCUUCUACAGGACCGAAAUCCAGAAGAUGACAGGCAAGGACCCCCUGGAGCAGCUGGGCAUCUCCGAAGAGGCCCGGUUCCAGCUGAGCAGUUUGAAGGCAUGAGCCCGACCCAGAGGCACCUCCUUGGGUAGGGUGCAGGACUGGCUGCUUCAUGGGGCCAUAUAAGGCAGCUGGAUACCAGCACCCACCUCCAGAAGCCCGCCUCCCCAGCAGCCCUCCUGGAGUGGCAGGGAACUUCCCAGCGGAGGCUGAAUGUAAACAAGCUGUGAAGGGCACCAGGGCUGUGCUCACCUGAACAUGCCCCUGCUACUGGGGCUAGGUGCCAGGCAGGGUUUCCCCCUGUGGGCCUCUUGAUGAAAUAAACGGACCUCUUUCCUCA